CCAGGGCUUAGAGGGAUCAGUAUCUGCGGUUAAGCGUUGGUUGGAGUGUUGCUUCCCAGAGCCCUGUCUGACCCCACUGUGCCCACAGACCCUCCAGCCCACAUGUGCAGCCUCAGACUCUGGCUGCUGCUUUGGCUGCUUGAGGUAGCCUCUAGUACCCUCCUGACCCCUGUUGAGCAGUAUGAGGUGGUGCUGCCCCGGCGCCUGCCAGGUCCUCGCUCACGAAGAGCCCUCUCUCAUAUGACCCGCCACCCAGAGAGUGUGAGCUAUGUCCUUGGGGUCCCAGGACGCACCUUCACCCUGCACCUGCGAAAGAACAGGGACCUAGUUGCCUCGGGCUAUACAGAGACCUAUGUCACUGCCAACGGCUCCCAGGUGACAGAACAGCUGCAGCCACAGGACCACUGCUUCUAUCAGGGACACGUGGAGGGCUACCCCGAGUCGGCUGCCAGCCUCAGCAACUGCGUUGGCCUCAGGGGCUUCUUUACGGUGGGCUCAGCCAUGCACCUGAUUGAGCCCCUGGAGGGUGCUGGGGAGGAGGGGCCACAUGCCCUGUACCAAGAGACGCAGCUGCAGCAGGUGGCCGGGACCUGUGGGGUCAAUGACUCCAACCUGGAUCACAUUCUUGGGCCUCGGGCCUCAGCCACCUUCAGGUCCCAGACCUGGCCACCUUCUCGAGAAACCCGCUACGUGGAACUGUACGUGGUCACAGACUAUAGUGAGUUUCAGCUUCUGGGCACCGUGGAAGCUGUGCGCAGACGGGUACUAGAAGUGGUCAACCACAUGGACAAGCUAUAUCAGAAGCUUCACAUGCGUGUAGUCCUGGUGGGCCUGGAGAUGUGGAACAGCGGAGACAAGAUUCACGUCAGCUCCAAGGAUGACACCACACUCGACAACUUCCUAGCCUGGUGGCAGAACCAGAACAAGUGGCACCUGUACGACAGCGUGCACCUCAUCACGGCUGUGGACUUCACCGGGACCACUGUGGGGUUGGCCAAGGUGGCUACUAUGUGUUCCAAGUACUCGGGUGGUGUGAACCAGGACCACCACAGAAACCCCGUGGGUGUGGCGGUCACCAUGGCCCACGAAAUGGGCCACAACCUGGGCUUGGACCACGAUGACAACGUGCCUGGCUGCUACUGCCCAGAAGUGGAGGGGGACCGCAAAUGCGUUAUGACCGCCAGCCUCAGCUCCAGCUUCCCCAAGAUCUUCAGCUACUGCAGCCGGGCUGACCUGGAGACCUUUGUGGCGACGGAGCAAGCAGCCUGCCUGAGGAACGCCCCAGACCCUGUGCGGCUAGUGGGUGGCCCCAAGUGCGGGAACGGUUUUCUAGAGCACGGGGAGCAGUGUGACUGCGGCCCACUCCAGGACUGCCAAAACCCUUGCUGCAACGCCUCCACCUGCCAGCUCGUCCCUGGUGCCGAGUGUGGACAAGGAACCUGCUGCCAGAACUGCAGGGUGAAGGCCGCUGGGGAGUUGUGCCGGGCCGCCAAGGAUCAGUGUGACCUGGAGGAGCACUGUGACGGGCUUGGGCCCGAGUGCCCCGAGGAUGCCUUCCAGGAGAAUGGAACGCCCUGCCCGUGGGGCUACUGCUACAAUGGUGACUGCCCUUCUCUGGCCAGGACGUGCCAGAAACUGUGGGGGCCAGAUGCCCGCGUUGCCAUGGACAAAUGCUACAGCGUCUCCAUCGCACCGAACUGCAGGGCCAGUUUGCCCCGGGGUGUAGAUAGGGUCGACAGGUGUGGGGUCCUGUUCUGUGAAGGCGGCCAAAAGGCACCUGAGCUCGCCUCCUGUAUAAUCUCCCUCUCCUCGGGCACCUGCCAGGCACUCUACCAGGACAACAGGAACUAUGUGCCUGUGCCCCAGGGUACGCGCUGCGGCCAGGACAGGGUGUGCUGGAACAGGCGUUGUGAGGAUCUCCUUGUCUACAGCUCCAGGAACUGCUCAGCCAAGUGCAAUGGUCAUGGGGUGUGCAAUCACAAGCAGCAGUGCUACUGCAGCCCUGGCUGGGCUCCGCCACACUGUGCUCAGCAGCUGUCAGGUACACGGGCAGUGUCCCGCAGUUUCCCAAUGGUUGCGAAGGUAGCCGUGGCUGUGGCCCUGGUUCUGUUGCUGGUACUAGCUGUCGUGGUGUUCUUUCUCCGGAAGAGGAACUCAACAUCCAAGAGGCCCAUGGGACUGUCCAACCCCCUGUUUCAUAAGGGGGACAGCACGCCAGCCAUGGGGGAACUUCCGGCUCACUCCAUGGCCCACCCAGAGCAGAUCUCCACCACCCACUCCAUGCAGCCCUCUAGGCCAAUGGCUCCUAAGGUGACCCCUAAGCGGUCACCCCCUGCUCCUCCAGUCCCCCUGCCAGGCCCACCCUGCAAGGUUCCCAUGUACUCACAGCAGGCCCAAGACCAGCUCAUAUAUGCAACUCCCAUGAAGCCCCCGACGCAGCUGAAGCCUAAGCAGGUGAGAGGGGCUGUGCCCAGGGACCCCUAUAAUGCCCCAAGGUUGCUGCAGGCUGAACCACACAGCACGUGGAAAAAGCAGAGGGAGCUGGGGAGAGUCUUGCAGAUCUGAGCCAGCGAGGUUGUCCAGUGUCAGCCUGCACAGUCCCCAGCUUUGG